AUGGUCUACGAGUAUCAGGGGGCUUCUAUCUCGCACCUUAGGCGCAUACGUGCUAGUAAGCCGAAAGUGCGUACCGGUUGUAUUACCUGCAAGGCUCGACGAGUCAAAUGCGACGAGGAGAAGCCAGCGUGCGCUCGAUGUACGCAGUCUGGGCGACCGUGCGAGGGCUACAGGAUGCCUCAGUCAACGGUGCUGGUACCCAGGGUCUUAGCUCCCGCACCAGCUGUCGACCAUCCCCUGGAAAUCCAAUCUCUGGAAUUUUUCUUCCGCAAAACCUCACCACAGUUGGCAGGUUUCUUUGGCGGUCCCUUCUUCCAGGGCAGUGUGCUACAGCUGUGUCUUGCAGAGCCUGCCAUCCGCCAGGCGACUUCGGCCAUAGGUUUCCUGCAUGAACAAAUAGCCACGGGGAAGUUCUCUCUUGGCGGAGAAAAGCUUCAGAAUGUCCACCUCCAACUAUAUAAUCGAUCAAUCCGAUCGGUCAUUGACAAGGCGGCAACUGGGCUAACUGCAUUUCCUCUGGUUGCCACGGCCAAUGUCCUAUUCACCUGCUUGGAAAUCUUUCGUGGAGAUGUUCCUGCCGCAAAGAAACAUAUUAAAAAUGGCAUCAACCUCUUGCGCGCAUGGCGCGAAAGGAAUGGCGCACCUAGGAGGACUUGGGGCAAGAGAUACCCGACAUUCGAAGCAUGCUUCAUGGAAACUGAAAUCGCACCCGUCCUUAGCUUAUUCAAUACCAACGUGGUCGAAUGUGGAAAUGGAGGGCGUACCGAUCUUAUGCUAAACCCGGUCGACGAAUGUGGAAGACUUCUCUUAGCAAAUCAAUUUGAGAACCUCAAUGAGGCCAGAGUUGGGCUAAUAGAUAUAAUCACUCAUGCAACGUUGCAUUGUGGUCAAGUUGAAAGUGGUCUCUUGCAUAGACGCUAUUCCGACGUUGAGGCCUUCGUGGUGUCUAACAGCGUGCAACAAAAUCUAGAGCGAUGGGUUGCUAAUGUCGACGACCUCAUCCACCGCAAAUGGCAAUCAUGGAGCACGAAAGAGAAGCAAGUGGCAGAUGUCAUUAGUAUUAUCAGCCUAAGCACACGAUUUGGCACCAGGUCCUGCCUAGUCGAGAAUGAGAGUGCAUGGGAUUCAUAUCGCCACGAGUACGAGGAGCUGAUUCGACUUACCGAGUCCAUCGUCUCGGAUCAUAAACGAUUUCCCGACAGUCUAUCAAGGACCGUAAGCCUGGAUCUUGGCAUGAUCUUUCCGCUCCACGCCGUGGCGUGGAAAUGCCGGUGGCCGAAACUGCGCCGAAAGGGCCUUGACUUGCUUCUCCGGAUUCCUAGGCGCGAGUGGCUGUUUGAGGCGAAGCACUACCAUCAGAUCUUCUCCCGCAUCAUGAAUAUCGAAGAAGAACACCUAGGCCUAGAGUUCGGAUCUGAGCCGGACGAGUACUGGCUUCCUCCGGAGAACGUCCGGAUUCACGACUUUAUGGUGACCCCUCAGCCUACAUCUUCGAUAGGCCCCCCGGGUCAUGCUGUGACAUUUUGGAGUAAGCCCGAGGGUUCGGAUGGCCCAUGGAGCCGCCGCAUCGAAAUGAUACAUCUGGAAUCUUCCCAGCCAGUUGAAGCUGCUAUACCAACGAAUAUGAUAGGCCGCAAACUAAAAGCGGACACCUAG